GUCAUCGUUUGUUGACAUAUUUAAAAGUAAGCGUCCCGAUACCCAAGUGUUCGAGGCACCAACCCUAAGGAAACACUGCACUCCGGGACAUUCUGGGCCAGGAGAGGGAUUCAUUAAGGGCACAGGGAGAACCAGCACCGCCAGGAUGAAGCGAGCAAGCUCUGGGAGAGGCAGCAGCCAUCAGCCGGGGGUCCUCAAGCAAAGGAAUGAAGAUUUUACCCCAAACAGGCAAAGUGUCGGCCAUGCUGCUCGGAGAUCCAACCUCCAGAAGAUGGGUCAGGCCGACAGUGCCAAGCGAGUCUACAGCCGAGGGAUGCGAGGAAGCACGGAGAACAUGUCGCGCCCCUCGCUGGCCUCCUCUCGCUUCACACCAACGCGAGCCAGCACCACACCUUGGGCCCCACAGAGUAUCAAUAGGAUGUCCAUGGAUUCUGCCCACGGUAUGUCCUCGAGGAAGGAUUCACGGCCCGCCAAUGACCCUGCCUUCAAGACCCAGUGCAUCAACAAGAUUCUAGACUUCCUGGGAAAUCGAUAUCCGCAUCCACUAACACGUCGCACGCUCCUCACGCCCUCAACCAAUGACUUCAUCAACAUUUUCACUUUCGUGUAUCAGCAUUUGGAGUCUUCUUAUGUGCUGCCCACGAGAUACGAAGAGGAAAUUCCGAAGUUGUUGAAGAGGCUAAAUUAUCCUUUACAGAUGACCAAAUCCUCCUUUGUUACAGUUGGGUCCCCUCACACAUGGCCGGCAGUGUUGGCCAUGUUGGUGUUCCUGGUGGACAUGGCCAUGAGCUAUAACAUUUUGAGCCAAGACCCAGCUUCGCCCUUAGACCAAGAUAUGGAGGAAGGGGGUCCACGGAGGCAAUCUCUCUUCUUCUCCCUCUACAAGUGUGACGAUGACGAGCAAAUAUUUAGCAGUUUGGAGGAAUUUUGUGAAACUUUAAAGGCUGAUGAGAAUGUGACAGAAAAGGAUAUGGAAUACCUUCAAGACGAAAUAGAGGCAGCUGAACGCACUUUGGAAUCCUUGUCAAACACAGCCGAGGAGGCGAGACAGCUUCAACAAUGUUAUGUUCAGUGCUCUGAUGACUUGAGAAAGCUCCAGACAUAUUGCCAGAAUCUACAGGUUGCCAUCGACAGCAAGGCUCAGAAGCAGAAAUGUACAGAACACAGGCUUGCUGAACUCGGUGAAAGGGAGAUUAUGAUUUGCGAAGAGGUGGACUACUUAAGGAAGCUCCAGGCCCAGCAGAGUUUCAGCACCGCGGACUUGAUGCAUUUCAAAAACCACAGUCAGGAAAUUGGCCGGGAAAUUGAGCGACAGGAAUCCAUUGGCAGAGAUAUACAGAGCCAGGUCUGGCAAGCAGAAUUAGAGAUCUCAAAAAUUCAGCCCAGCAUAAGAAUUUCGUUUGACCUGCUGGAGGAAUGGAUUGGAAAGCUGGACCUGGGUGACCUGGCCGACCUGAUCACCAGUUAUGAGGACGUGAAUACCCACUAUGAUGCUUUAACCAACAAGGCGAGGGCACUCAAGAAGAAUGCCAAAAAGUCCACCACACAUGCCCAAAAUAAGAUAUGGGAAAUGGACCAGGAAAUUAUUAAGGUGAAGGGAGUCCUCCAGGAGAAACAGACAGACAGCAAGAAGUUAGAGACAAAGUUACGACACAGCAAAGAAGAAUUUGAUGUUGCACAGCAGGAAAUAACACAAGAGGAGCAAAUGAGGCUGGAGGAGACAGAAUUACUCCACAAGCAAAUCAUGGAGGCCCGGAAGACACCCAAGAAAUCCCUCUAUCAGCUGCAGCGCAUCAAGGAGGAGAAAAUACGAGAGCUCGAGGGGUGCAGGAAGAGAGAAGAAGCAGCCCUCUACGAUGGCGCUCAAUUCCUGAUGAAGAUUUGCCAAGAGGUGCUUCAGUCCGUGGAGCACAAGGACAACAACAUUGCAGAGUACAUCAACCAUUGCGAUCAUGAGUGUGCACAGUUCUACCAGUGGGUGGAUGGUGUGCUUCAGAAGGAGUAAAGGCAGACUUGCAUUAGACUCCCUUGGUUGGGAAGACAAUUUUUUAACAGAUAAAUGCUUUGUAAAUGUAGAGAGUGGUAGAUUAUACUUAUUACCCAUAACCCCUUCACUACGGCCGGGCCAAAACAGUGCCCCGCGCCGUAUCCGGGAUCGCCGCGCACGCCAAAUUUCAAAUGUCGCUAUUGAAUCUAACAAGUUUUCAGCCAUAAACUCAACACAAUCAUCAUGUAUUAUAUAUGAAAACAUGCAGAAUUAAAUGGUGGACAUAAAGAAACUCACUACGGCCGGGCCAAAACAGUGCCCCGCGCCGUAUACGAGAUCGCCGUGCGCGCCAAAUUUCAAAUGUCGCUAUUGAAUCUAACAAGUUUUCAGCCAUAAACUCAACACAAUCAUCAUGUAUUAUAUAUGAAAACAUGCAGAAUUAAAUGGUACACAUAAAGAAACUCACUACGGCUGGGUCAAAACAGUGCCCCGCGCCGUAUACGAGAUCGCCGUGCGCACCAAAUUUCAAAUGUCGCUAUUGAAUAUAACAAGUUUUCAGCCAUAAACUCAACACAAUCAUCAUGUAUUAUAUAUGAAAACAUGCAGAAUUAAAUGGUUCACAUAGAGAAACUCACUACGGCUGGGCCAAAACAGUGCCCCGCCCCGUAUACGAGAUCGCCGCGCGCGCCAAAUCUCAAAUGUCGCUAUUGAAUCUAACAAGUUUUCAGCCAUAAACUCAACACAAUCAUCAUGUAUUAUAUAUGAAAACAUGCAGAAUUAAAUGGUGCACAUAAAGAAACAUAGAUUAAUUGAUGAUUUUGAGAUGUAAGCAUAGAUAUAGAGAUAAAAUAACUUGUAUAUUGACAAAAGCGAGCCAAGAUGUGCGUCCUUGGAUAUGGUACAGGGCACGCAAGGAAGCAGAAUCCGCGUCCUUGUGUUGAAGGGGUUAAGUGUCUCAUGUAAGUUUUAUGUCUCUUCUAAAAACUGUCUUUCUCCUCUACAUAUUUUCUGCCACCAUGAGUGCAUUAAAAAAACAUACUAACUGCAUUAAUAUUCUUCAUUCAUCAACCCAGUAGCAGCGGGGACCAUGUUUCUUAAUGGUCCCUCCAAGCGAGAAAAAUGAGAAAAAAUCACCCCUCACACAAACCAUUUCAUAAUAUGUAUCAAAGCAUUUGUGAUCAGAUUAUGUAUCAUCUAUUUUGGGGGGUGUAUCAUGGCACAAAUUUGGCCCGUCGCUGCUACACGGUUAAGCCACAAAUUUGGCCCGUCGCAGCUACACGGUUGACACAAAUUUGGCCCGUCACUGCUACACGGUUGACACAAAUUUGGCCCGCCGCAGCUACACGGUUGACACAA